AUGAAACGGUUGGUUCAAGAGUAUAUAAGGACAAUACUCAGGCAUCCGUUGUUGUUUAUACAAUUGCCAUUGCUAAUAGUGUUUACGCUAUCGUAUAAUAUUUUGUACGAUUUUACGGUUAAACAAUUUAAUUCAUUGUUUUUAUAUGGAGUUCAGAAAGUUAGUCAAGCACCAGAUAUAUGCACAGGGAAGUAUGUUACCCAGAUUACGUUACAGGCCGAAAAUGUUUUGGAUGUGGAGUAUUUGAAGAAGGUGGAAGAGAUUAGGAAAGAGUUUAGUUGUGUCAUUGCCCCUGCUACUGAAUUUGGACUGAGGAGAUCAUUGAUAAGAUACUUUAAUGAGAUGAACAUACCUUUGGCUCAUUUGUUUCUUGAUAAUUUGACAUAUUCAAAUCAUUUUAUUCAUUCAGCAAGGAUACUAAAGGUUUAUGUGAUACAUGAUGGGGAAGCAUCCAUGACUCAUCAGGCGAAGCAUUUCCUAAAGUAUUAUUCGAUACAAGCAGGGUUGUCGAAAGCAAAAUAUUAUUUCUGGAUUAGCAAUGUGGGGAUCCUCGUGGGGAUUUGCGGGUAUUUGUUGCACAUCUAUUUAGCACUUGCCAAUAGUCAUAGAGUUAGGUCUAAUCUAAGAGUGUUGUGGCGAUGGUUAAUGAGCGUGUUUUUGUGCUGCUUUGCAUCAGCGAGUUUGAUUACCAAAAUGGAAGGUGCCAAAAUGUGGAAUCUUGUAUUUGAACCGCUGACGAUGUUUACCAAGGCGUCAUAUUUUUUGAUGGUUGUUGUUCUUUGUUCAAGGAAUAUGUUUACGACGACUGAUAUACUGGAACGGAACAAGAUGGUGAAUUAUUAUAGUGGGUGGCAUGGUCUACCGUUGUUGUUCAAAAUACUUUUGAAGAAUUUAGCAAUUUUGGCGGUGGUGCUAGGAUGUUGUUUGAUGUUGGUGUUUGCUGCAUUUAAGGGUGAGCUUCAGCAUUUUUUGGAGUAUCAGUUGAUGAAAAUGUUUAUGGUAGUAGUUGUUGCGUUGAUCAUUGAAGUUUGUAUGGAAUUGACUUUUUUUGUUGGAGUUGUGAUUAUUGAUCUGAAGAAGGAGUCGUUGAAUUUGGAUGAGGGUGCGAACGUGAUAUCGUCGUGGUUGAAACGAACAAAGGCUGAGUCAUGGAGGUACAGGCUAGGCACGAGACUACUUAGGGUGAAAAAUUAUGGCACUGACAUUUUGCAUAUUCCGUUGGGGGUUUUGUUGAUGCUUGUGAUGCUCAGUCAUUGGACGAUUGUUAUGCCAGAGCAAGUGACGGCAAUCACAGUUUCACAUUCAAACACGUAUAUCUAUUACCUCGAGUAUAUGUUGUUGGUGGUGUUUAUUGUUGCAAUUGUUGCUCUAGUGGUACCACCAAUGGGUACCCCUGAACCAGUUGAGUUUACUGAUACUACCAAGAGUUAUAAUAGUAUUGUGUUGAACACUAAGUCGGACAUAUUAAGGAUAUCGACCAACACCAAGACUUCAAGUAUUGUCACUACAUCUUUGGAUCAUAGGGUAUUAUUUUGGACACCGCAAGGGCGUGAUCCAGAGCCAAUAAACAUCGAUUGUGAUUUAUGGCCAGUCAAUCAUUUAGGCCUUAAUGAUGAUGGGAGUUUUAUCGUGCUAGUCAAUUUUAAAGGUGGGGUAAUUAAAGGAUUUGAUAAGAAAGAGAUGAGAGUGAAGUGGACGCAGUUGAUUCACACCCCGCGCAAACCGAAGGUAUUGGAAUCUUUUUUUCGGAGGAGAACAGUGCCGGGAUUUUUAGCACGGAAGAUGAUUAGAAAGAGAAGAGGCAGUGAUGCAUCAAUGUCUUCAGUAAACUCUCUGAUCAACGCCAACUUCCCACCGCCAAUUCAAAUGAAGUCCUUUGGACAGAAACAACGUGAGAGGAAAGAGAAUAUUAGCAGAGAAGAGUUUGUGAUGGUUUUGGAUAAUGGGGAGAUACUUGUUGUAUCGUGUAGCGACGGGAAGAUUGAGAGUUAUGAUGUGAAAGAGCCACUAACUAGUGCAAUUAAGAUUAGGACCCCAAGAGUGCUGGACCGAAUAGUUGUGCAAACUACGAAAAUGGACAUUAUUGUGGUAAAUAUUAUCAACAACAAUAUGAAGUUUCGGCAGCUAAAGAUAGAGUCGAAGCCACUGAGUUUGAAUCCACCAGGUAUAUAUGCAGUUGAGUUUGUUGGGUUUUUCAUUAGAGUUGAAGGGUUGGAGUGUCAGCUUAUUGAUGUGAACACGGGGGUUAUUAUGAAACUGUUUGCAAUAGGCAAUAUGAAACCGAACACACUAAAAGUGUCGUUUCCGGAACCGUCGCAUUGUCGGUUUUGUGGGAGUGCAGCUCUAUCGUCAUUUAGUGUGAUGUAUGAGAAUGAAGGGAGUCAAGUAGUUGUUGUGCACACAUUUAAGGUUGACAAGAAGGCGAUAUGCCUAAGAGUGGAAAGAGAUCCGAGAGAAAUACGUUGUGUUGGGUUUGGUGGCGCUGAUGAAAACGUUAAUUGGUAUAAUAAUGUUGUUGGGUAUGAAGUGACAGCAGUGAAUCUGAUGAUAGGGGUGGUGGUUAACAAGACAGAAGAGGUUGUGGCUAAGGGUACACUGGGAUUACAGUCUUUACGGAAUAGGAAGAUUAAGAAACAGAAAGAGUAUCAGCUUAUGGUGGUGAGUUUGGGAAGUGGUAAGGCUGAGUACUAUCCGUAUAACAAGAUUGGCACGUUAUGGCAAGUGGUAAGAUAUGGACACAAAUCAGUGAUUCUUAAUCUUGGUAGUCGGAUGGAGAUUGUAUACUUGGGGAACAGCAAUUUAAUUGAGUAUAUAGAUGAUAAUUCUUUAAAGUUUAAUAGAGGUGUAUAG